CUCGCGGGCACUGGAUCGUUGAAACUGAGCACCAAAGAAAUAGACAAGAUAUGCCUGUAACGGUACACGUAGAAUACUGUGGCGGAUGAGGAUACGCUUCCAUGUAUCGGGACCUUGCCUCGGAGAUAAAGAGGCAUGUUCCUGAUGCACUGGUCUCCGGAACCGUCGGACGCAGAACCAGCUUUGAGAUCACCGUCAAUGGAAAGUUGAUCUUCUCCAAGUUGGAGGCAAGAGCGUUCCCAGAUAAAAAGAAGGUGGUGGAGGUGGUACAGCAAGCCAUUGCAAGUGGAGAGGUGGAGACAGUGAAGAAGAAGAAAGACAAUUGUGUGGCCUUGUAGGGGGGCAGCCACUGCAGCUAAACAUUUCCUAGAAUUGUGAGAGAUUGUGGAGAUGUGAUUCUAUUGAUGAUUGUGCACACUGAAAAGACAAGGUGUGCACAUGAUGGGGAAACUAGAAUCGCUUCUUUAUAUAAUCUUUUUAAAUACUAAUUUGACAUUUCUUAAAUCUUAAGUUAUCCCCCCCCUUCAAGUAUGAACAUACACAAGGCCUUAUUACCUUUGAUAGCAGAUCAAAUUCAACAUAGGCCUUUCAAAAUUAUCAGCAUAGUGCCUGGGUAACAUUUAUAAUGCUAAGGAUGACUUAGGAUGACUUUCUUACCCCAAAUGGAAUGUCAUCAAUCAGUACAUUAUUCUCAAAUGUUUUCUUUCUUUUUCGUCAAGUGCUUUCAGUUACAGAUGAUGUUGGGAAUCAAUGGUGUAUAUCCUUGAUGUCUAACUGCAGCAAUAAAAUAUAUCGUA